AUGGGUGACAGUAAAAGAGUUAUACCUUUAGAAAGUAAUCCUACCAUUUUCAACGAUAUUGGAUAUCAAUUGGGUUUGGUGCCAGUUUUAGAAUUCCAUGAUGUUUUAUCAUUGACAGAUCCUGAUUUGUUAGCAUUUUUACCCCAACCUAUUUAUGGAAUUAUCAUGUUGUUCCCCAUAACUGAAGAAUAUGAACAAUACAGAAAGAAAUUCGAUAGUACUAUAACUUAUGAUAAUGACAAUACCAACGUUCAAUGGUUCAAGCAAACUAUUGGUAAUGGUUGUGGUUUAUACGGAUUGUUACAUAUUAUGGCCAAUUUACCCCAAGAUUUGAUUAUUGAUAAUUCUAUCAUCAAUAAGUUUUUACUUUCAGAAUUGAAGCCCGGCAUUUCAGUGGAAGAUACUGCCAAAUUGGUAGAGAAAUUAGAACAUGCCAUUCAAUUGGAUGACAACUAUGGACGUCAAGGACAAACCGAGGCUCCUUCAAGUGAUGUUCAAACCGAAUUCCAUUUCAUUUCCUUCAUUAAAGGUAAAGAUAAUCAUUUAUACGAAUUAGAUGGUAGAAGAAAGGGACCUGUUGAUUUAGGUGAAUCUAUCGAUGGGUCAAAUAUCUUAAAUGAUAGUAAAUUGAGUGAAAAAAUUCAAUUCUAUAUCAAUAAUACUAAUGAAGAGAAUAAACAUAAUUUUGCUAUGAUAGCCAUUGGUCCUACAUUAGAUUGA